AUGCCCACAUCGCCGGCCUGGACACCGGCUCUCGCCAACCCGCCAGCCUCCUCCUCCCGCGUAUCCCUCCAGCACGAGCGCCUCCUCCUCGAGCUCCUCCCCUUCAAAGACGCCACAAAGUUCCACGACUGGCUCGACAGCAACUUUGUCCGCGGACCCUGGAACGAGUUCAACGCAGACUUCCUCUCCCGCUCCAGCGCCGUGCUGGAGCCGGACAAAACCCGCACGGCCCAGGCGGCGCGGGAGGCGCUCAACGGCCGCAAGGCCAAAUUCUGCGUCUACCGCCCGGACAAGAGCGCGUGGACGGCCGAGGACCACCACGUGCGCUUCAUCGUCACGCUCGUCGCGGACAACAUGCUGCAGAACCUGUGGUACGAGUCCGAGUGGAAGAAGAAGGGGCUCGACAUUGUGAAGGUGGCGUACGAGGUGCUCAUCUUUCUCAAGGCCACCAUGGUGUACGCGGACCCGAAUCCGCCGGUUACUCGGCAUGACGCCCCCGUGGUUUCAGGACUAUGGUCCGUAUUGUUGGGAGCUUUUUGGUCUCUGUCUCUUUGCAUUAGCGUGGGGUUGAGAAGUGUGGUGUCUGUUAAAAUCGUUGAAUGA